AUGUCAUCGCUACAUAAUGAUGGGGUCAGCAGUCCAGGAAAUAGUUUCUGUUCUGUAAGCCGACAAUCAAGCCUUAACGACCAGAGCUCGACACUGCUUGGGGCCGCAGAAAUGCACUCAGUAUGGACCUCAACCGACGGCCGUCCCAUAGGCCAUGGCGUGGCCAUAAAGCGCAAGCCCGCUCCAUCCAUUCACUUAACCGAAGCCGCACCCCUCGUAUCUGACGAUACAUACCAGGUACCAACAAAAGAUUUCCUGCCUUCAAGACCAUCAAAGAAUAUAAAGGCAUUCCACUGGUGGUGGUGGUGGGAGAUUGCUGCCGCUUUCCUAAGCAUCACCAGUAUGUGCCUAAUCAUCGCCGUGCUAUUCCAUGUACAGAACAGACCACUGGCGAAAUGGACUUGGAAUAUCCAGCCGAGCUCUGUGAUUUCGGUCUUGACUACCAUUGGUAAAACUGCCAUGAUGGUGCCCAUCACCGCUUGUCUAAGUCAACUCAAGUGGAGACAUGUGCAGUUGCGUCCUCGGCCUUUGAAUCAUCUGCAAGUCUUUGAUGACGCCAGUCGCGGACCCUGGGGAUCUGCCGUUAUGGCUUGGAAGUUACCUUCCCAAUCGUUUCUCGGCUGUGCUCUUGCAUUUGUCACUAUUGUCGCUCUUGGAAUCGAGCCUAGUGCACAGAAUAUACUCGACUUUCCUAUCCUUGAGUGGAAUGCCACAACGGAUCUGGCGGCCAACCUGGCUAAAGCAGAUAUCUACUUCUCCAAGGGUUUCUUGCAGCUUCGAGGGAAUAAUUGGCAGCUCUGGGUUCCCAACUCAGACCUUCCCAACUUCCAGGCAGCUCUUCUCAAUGGGCUCUCUGGCGCAGUAUUUGAGCCAAACUACGACUGUCCUGGGACAGCCACGCGUUGCUCGUGGACCAACUUCACUAGUCUAGGUGUUUGUAGCAGCUUCCGCGACGUCACAGUGCAAUCGACGCGUAAUUGCACAGUUAUCAAGAAGAAUGACUCCGUACAGAACUGUUCAUAUGUCAUCCCCGGUCGAAUGUCUUCGGAUCGCCCCGUGCUUCAAUACUACAAUAAUGGACCUGCGUCACUAAAAGAUAGCCAGAUCCUCUACAGUGACUUUGAUUUCGAUGUCGAGCGGGUCGGCCAGUUAACGAUCGUGAGACACAGCACGGAUAAGUGGCCGGAGGACUUUGUACCACCUUCCCCCGAAAUAUUUCUUGCCGACUUUGACUGGUGCAUCAAGACCUACGCAAACACGAGUGCGACAGCUGGGAAGCUUGAUUCUGGCACGAGCGAAUCGGAGAUACUGAAGUUCAAAGAGGUCAUCAUCGACCCUGACGAAAGUUCUUUGGGUGCCGAGUCCGUCGUGUACCAAACAUCGGAUAAUAGCACGCAGUUUGAGAUGGUGCGUAUGGCCAAGGAAUGGCUCCCGAGGUAUUUGCAGAAUCUACUACGUGGGGAGCUUUUCCAGCAGGUUGCGGGUCAUCGUCCUGACAAGACGCCGGGGCCAAACACGGCGAUGAACUUAGAGUUUGUGCUUUUCAACGCCGCAGAUAUUAAAGUCGUCACCGAUAAUCUUGCAACCACAAUCACAAACCAGAUUCGAAGUGGCAGCCCAGGAGACAAUCGCAAUUCAACGAUGCUACGGGGUGAAGUGUACAAGACGGAGACUUUUGUGGUGGUGCGGUGGCCAUGGUUGAUUUUGCCUGUCCUUGAGACAGUUGUGACGGCUAUACUGCUGGUUAUCAGCAUCCUGAUGACGGCUAAAGGGCCGCUGUUGAAGACUUCAGUCAUUGCUUUGUUAGCAUACCCGCUCUAUGGCUGGGCAGAUGACGAAACUGCUGUCAACGGUCACCAGACCGCUGAGAAGUUUGAUAAGUUAUCACAAUCGUUGAAUGGAAGGCUUGAAAAUGGUGAUGGCAACUGGAGGUUUGUUAAGGCACAAGUGUGA